CCAUUGCAGAGGGCGUCCUGCCAAGAAGCCCAUUUAAGGAAAAGCAUGCAUUUAUGGAAUUUGAAAAAGACCUUGGGAGUUCAAGUGAAAAACAACAAUUAUUGGUUUCUGAACUCGAAGCUAUAAAUAUUUUAAAUGUAGAUAAAUGUUUAAGAACGUACUGGCGGAAAAUUAUUACAGAUGAGGUAGCAGAACUUUUCUCGUGGAAGGGAACUGGUACCAAAUGCAACGCUAUUGGUUUGGCGACGACGGCGGCAAUAAGAAGUACUGACUAUAAUAUUAUUU